GAGAAAUGCUUCAGCCAAUGGAGGAAAUAGAUGAUGAAAUAUAAAGGCAGUCACAGGAAAAUUUCUUGCGGUCACCCGCAGUUCAGAAAUUAAAUUAACCCCAACGAGGGUUCUGAUAAGUACUAAAUUGUUACUGUGUGCCUAAUGCUCUGUUUGCUUAUUAGCAGAAAUAAAUGUAAAUAUAGCUUGAAUAAAGCUUUCUUUGACAUCCUCCUCCAUUCAUGUUUAUGAGCGCUCCGCCGUUUACUGUAGCAGCACAAUUUCAACAACAAUACAGAAGAAGGCGGAAAACAGCUCCUCGCGCACGGUGGCAGCCAAUCAGCGGCCUGGUUUCUCUUCAGCAUCUCGCAGGGGAUUGAACCAUCGGGCAGAUUUGAGAGCACGUAGCGGGGGAGGAAGGAGAUUUGCGAGAAGGGCUCCCGAUCAGCGCGCAAUAUUAUGAUUUUCUGAAAUCGACUGGUAGCGCUGAAGGAUUACGUCACUGGGUGAUCGAAACGCACAAGAACAAAACAAAAAUCAUCUAAUACAAGCAUUUCACAGAAGGACUCAAAUUCCUAUUCAACCAUGGGAGACCAGAAAGACAACAUAGACGACUUUAAAGUCCAGACAGCUAAGCACCCCAACAUGAGCGCAGUCCCUCUACGGCCACACAGUGAACACUCCAAAGACCGAACAUCCAAAAGGCUUUCGACGGAGUCGAAUGGGACCAGUGAUGGAGGUAUGGGCUCGUCCACACCGGUGGAGAUCACCGCUUUGGAAGAGUCCUUUCGACGCUUUGCCAUCCAUGGUGACACUCGUGCUACCGGCAAGGAGAUGCAUGGCAAGAACUGGUCUAAACUCUGUAAAGACUGCGGUGUGAUCGAUGGGAAAAACAUCACCCUCACUGAUGUUGACAUUGUUUUCAGCAAAGUAAAGAAGAAAUCCUGUCGAACCAUCACGUUUGAGGAAUUCAAAGUGGCACUUGGAGAGCUGGCUCGCAAGAAAUACAAAGAAAAGACUGGAGAAGAUGCUGAGGCAGAGGUGUUCAAGCUGAUUGAGGGGAAGGCGCCGGUCAUCGCAGGAGUCACGAGAGCUGUGGCCUCGCCCACGGUGAGCCGCCUCACAGACACCACCAAGUUCACGGGGUCGCACAAGGAGCGCUUCGAUGAGACCGGCCGAGGGAAGGGAAAGGCCGGCCGGGUGGACCUCGUCGACACUUCGGGAUACGUGUCGGGAUACAAACAUCGAGGGACGUACGAAAAGAAAGUGACCAAACCCACCGAGGGCCGACCCAUGUGAAGGCAAAACAUUUCAUCAACUGCUAAGAUGAUUUUCUACAGAGUACUCCUAGAAAGCACAAAAUACAAGCUCAUACAUUUCCCA